AUGGAUAAGGGAUUUAUUGGAGUAAAGUCCCACGAUCGGUUGCAAGACACUACCUUCCCCAGCGUCAAUGGCGCUCUCUUUUUAUGCUCGUUUCCCUUUGUCUAUCUGUACUGGAACUUCAAAAACUCACACUCGUUGCCCUCCUUCGUCGUGCUCUCUCGCCGGACCUAUCUCUCGAGUUACUCUCACAAAACCAAUCUCCCAUCCCUAUCUUCACUCUCUGUUCUCUUCAAUCCCCAAACAGAGACAAUCAAACAAUUCCAUAGUCAUAAAUCCUUCACUGUAGUUAUGAGCUAUGAAGCCGGAAUUGGAGUAAUGGGUACAAAGCUCGGAAUGACGACCUACUUCGAGCCUAAGGGAACUGCUGUUCCAGAGAUAGUAAUCGGUUUCAGAGAAGGAAACAUCGUGACUCAAUUGAAAACCGAGUCCACUGAUAGCUACAAUGCAGUUCAAGUAGGAUAUAGAAGCGUGAGAGACAAGAAGAUCACAAAACCUGAAAUGGGUCACCUCAACAAGGUGGGAGCCAUUCCCAUGAUGCAUCUCCAGGAGUUUCGUCUUGUCUGUGUUGAGGGCUUGGAGCCCAAUCAGAGACUCAUCGUUGAUGAAAUUUUUAAUGAAGGUGAUCUUGUUGAUAUCUCCAGAAAAUCUAUCCGCAAGGGCUUCCAAGGUGGGAUCAAAAGGCAUAAUUUCCGGCGAGGUCCGAUGACUCACGGUUCAAAGAGUCACAGAGCUUUGGGUUCCAGUGGAGCUGGAACAACGCCUGGACAUGUUUAUAAAGGGAAGAAGAUGCCUGGAAGGAUGGGAGGAACGAAGACGAAGAUCAGGAAGCUUAAGAUUAUGAAGAUUGAUAAUGAACUCAGAUUUGUGAUUGUCAAGGGUGCGGUUCCUGGGAAGCCUGGGAAUCUUCUGCAGAUUACGCCGGCCAAGAUUGUGGGGAAGAACAUACCCAAGAAUUAUCAACUCCAAUGUGUUUCGUGUUGUGUUAUGUUUUUUAUUGUUUCUGUUUCUUUCCAUCAGAAAUUUUCCAUGCAUGUUGUUUGUACUCAAUAG